GUAGCCUCGCCUUGAUGCAGCUCUCAGCUCUUGUUCAGUAGUGUUUAUUCCUUGUGAGCAUGGGCAUCCUGCCAUGGGAACACAGGGCAGCAUGAGCAUCCUUCCUGCAGCAAGGAUGAUCAUGGAAUUUGGCCACGAGAUUCCACCCUGCCCCACACUCUGUGUUUUCUUAGAGUCAGCCUACCAGACUCCCCUGGUGUUUACUGACAGCUAAGGUCGCGGGUCACGUUGCUUAGGGAAGCGUCACAGAACAGAUUCUCCAGCACUGUUCCCCCUGGAGGCUUCACCUUCUCUCAGGAGGGGGACACUUGAACAAUCCACAUCCAGUAAAUAUUCCACAUAGACAUGUGUGUGAGGUACAUCAGAUGGGAGAGCUAACGGGAUUUAGGUGACAUUUCCAUCCCAUCACGGCCUGGAUUCCUCUGCUAGGUGACCCCAUUUCCCAGGACAGUCCUUGGUGUUGGGAUGCAGUCGACACUGGAGCAUAAUGGCGUUUAUGCAAUGUGAAAAUCUGCCUGUGCACAGGCCACGACGGUGGGCAGAGUGCGCUGCUGGAGCCCUGGGUCACACCAGCGUCUUCUCCUUUUGUACAGGUUUCAACAGGAGUUCGUACCAAAACCACCUCCCAGGAAACCCCGCGAGGCCUCAGAAGUCCCUCCGGACCAGGGCAAGAAAGGGACAUUCCCUGAAUUGCCUCCCUUGCCCGGCUGCGUCCGUGUUACUUUUCUACAAGACCCGGGAUCCAGGAAGAAAUCAGGUGUCACCACCAAGAAGUCCAGUCAGCUGCCAGCAACCCCAGAGGGGUCUUCUACCAGAACGCAGCCCGGGAAAAAGAAAGAGGGAAAAUCCACUGCGAAAAGCAAAGCAAAGAAGAUGGGUCCUGCAAAGGCAGUGGAACCAAAGAGUUACACAGAAGAACACAGAGCAGUGAAAGUCCCCACUCAAGGAGGAGUGCCAGAAAAGGCACAAGCAAACCUCCAGAGCCAUAGUGGAGCCCCAUCCCCGGUGCAAACACCAAUAGCAUCUCUAUGGUGUCGGAGCUCUGAGACCAGCCUUCUCCAGGAGCCCAACGACAAUAAGUCUGGACAGCAUCCACCGGGAUCCACGUCACAAAAACUGCUCAAGUUAAGGGGUGAGAUGUCCAGGCCAGUGCUGGAAAAGCCUCACAAGACAGCUUGGCUGACAUCUCACUCUGAGUCCAGCCUGCCUGAGGAGCACACCAGCAAAACCUCUGGUUUUGUGCCGCUGAUGCACAGGAGAACCAAGUCAUUGCCAUGUCAGCCAGCACAGAACGGAGAAGGGCUCCUCUGGCGUGGGAUGUCCUCUCCACACUGAUCAGGGCACGGGGAGCCCAGCAGAGCCAGAGCUCCACCUUAGGCUGCAGAACAGCUGCCUGGCCUGCUGGAAGUCCUAGUGGAGUAUUUCCAGCACUGCCUGAUGGAGAUCUUUGGAAUCCUGAAGGAAUAUGAGGUGGGAGACCCAGGGCAAAGAGCACUCUGUGGGUUGGAGAGCAGCAGCCGGCACUGGCAGAUUGGUGGCAGAGAUACCACUGAGCACAUCCAGACCCACUUUGAGAGCAAGAGGGAGUGCUCCACGGCUGACAGCAAACGAAAUGCUAGGGAAGGGGAGGCUCCUCCAUCUGACAGCUCCUCAAGCAUUCUGGAGGACGAACCUUGCGGCACAGACGAGACACCCCUCUGCCUCAUCCGCGACUGGCAGGACUCUCUGCUGAAGCGCUGCACCUGUGUCUCCCACAUCAUCAGGAGUUUGUCGUUUGUGCUGGGCGGUGACACUGAGAUGUGCAAACACGCCGGGCUGCUGCUGAUUCUGGGGAAACUGCUGCUCUUACACUAUGAGCACCCAGAGCGCAAGCAGGCAGCCCUGAGCUCUGAGAGAGAGGAGCCUGAGUGGGACCAGGGGCUGAGCAUCAGCGUGGAGGAGUGGUGGUGGGACUGCCUGCAGAUGCUGCGUGGAAACACGCUGGUGACACCGGCCAACAUUUCUGGCCAGCUGGACCCGUCUCCUUUCCCAGAAAGCCUCUGCUUGCUGAUCCUGGACAGACUCCUUCACGGGGCAGUAUGUCCAUCAGCAGAGGCCCAGGACCCAUUUCCAGCACUGAAUGGGGCUGAAUGCAGUCCUCUCCCCUCAGAGCCUGGUUUGGGAAACGCUCAGCAAACUCAUUGGAUUUUAUUCUCACAGCUACCCCCGGCAGCCACUUGGAGAAGCUGUACAGUGCCCUACUGCGUUUCCUUCACGACAGAGAGAGCCCAGUGUGCUGAGAGAUGGCUGUGGUCCUACUGGCCAGCUUGGCACAGGGGGACAGCCUGGCAGCGAGAGCGAUUGCCUUGCAGGAGGGGAGCGUUGGCAACUUGCUGGGCUUCUUGGAGGACAGCCUGGCUGCCGCACAGUGCCAGCAGAGCCAGGCCGGCCGGUGCACAAGAAGAACUCAACCUGCGAGCCGACAAGCAUGGAAAUGAUGCGCCGAGCUGCUUGGGCGCUGCUCGCCCUGGCCAAGGCGGACGAGAACCACUCGCAGCUCACAUUGCAUGAGUCGCAGCUGUUGGACAUCUCUGUGUCGCCUGCAGUGGACUCCUCGAUCUCACAAGUUAUUUGUGAUGUGCUAUUUUUCAUUGACCGGCCCUGACAGCUGUGGGAUGCAAGACCCUGUGUGCGUGUACGUGAGCGCAGAACUGAGAAACCGACUGUUGCUCUUUAUUUAUGCACAACCAUCUCAGAAGCCCCUGUCUGUCCAGCACUGUCCGGCUUCUCCCUUGGGGGGAUGACGUCGCCAUUCCCUUUCCCCUUCUCCUGCUCUUCACAUUUGUCAUGAAUCCCUUAUUAAAAGAGAGAAAGUUCUAU